UAGGCUUCUAUCGUCUGCCGCAGUGGCAGUAUCUUGAGCACAAAUGUAACGCUCAAAAUAGGAAUUUUCGUGGACUAUGGACACAGUUUGCUACCUGCUUUUUAUAAUUUUGUUAAAUUCGCAAGCGCAUGAAAGUUAUGCUCAAUGUUUACAUGGGUGCAGCUGUAUAGACGACCGUCAUGGAAGGUCGCUGAUAUGUAUGGAGGAGAGCGCGUUUGGGGCCAUACCGGAGAACCUUCCAGGUGAUGUGACCAAAAUACGCAUAGAAAAAUCUCACUUCACGGAAGUUCCCAGAGGGGUUUUCUCAAACACGCCCGCCUUGGAGAACUUGUGGUUGAACUUCAACGACAUCACAGUGAUAAACUCCAAGGGUUUGGAGGGUUUGGGGAACUUAACCGAGCUGCGCUUGCAAGGGAACAAGCUGAGAUCAGUACCAUGGACAGCGUUCGAGGACACGCCGGCCCUGAAGAUCCUGGACCUGAAGCACAACCAGCUGGACGUCCUUCCGGAGCACGCGUUAAAAUUUCUGCCAGGUCUGACAUACUUAGACUUAUCCUUCAACCAGCUCACGGUCAUAUCGAAGGAGGUCUUCCAAAACUGGCCUCUUUACCAAAGACUUCAGAACUUGGAGGAGCGGGAGGCGACCGUGUCCGGGCCGAACGUGGUCCUGGCUCUGCACGACAACGCCUGGCUGUGCGACUGUCGCCUGAAGGGCUUCGUGGAGUUCAUCAUGUCUUUAAGCCCCCCGAUAAUUCUGAUGAACUCCUACUUGACCUGCUCAGGGCCGGACUUUAGGGCGGGGAAGUUCUUCCAUGAGUUAGAGCUGCAGGCCUGCAUGAAGCCCGUGGUGAGCUCCCCCGCAGCAAACAUGAGCCUGCCGCAGGGCUCCAACCUCACCCUGCACUGCGUGGCCAAGGCCAGGCCGGAGCCCGCCGUGUGGUGGACAUAUGGUCUGAAGAUAAUCAGAGGAUUUCAUGAAUCUCAGGAAAGAGUUGCAGAGGAUACUGUCAAAUCCCUGCUGGUGAUCCCCUCCCUCCAUGCAGCUGAUCGUGGCAUCUACACGUGCACUGCGGUCAAUUUCAUUGGAAACUCCUCAGUUAGUGUCCUCCUAGAUGUCUCUGCCGUCAGUUCCCAGUCACCCCAUCUCCCAGGCUUCUCAGUCAUGCCAGGUGCUGGAGAUGAAAAUGUCUUCAUUGACAUCCACAUCACAAAACAGACAGUUCGUGGUAUCUCUAUCGAGUGGUUCGCUGCCCUAGACCACCCAUCUGAAACAUGGUUCACCAUCCACUUUGGUCAUGCAGGCAUUGGUAAAAAAGAAACGACCUACAUCGGCCCGGGGAUUCAAUCUUACUCCAUCUCUGAUCUGAUGCCUGCAACAAAAUAUGAAAUCUGUGUAACCCUCAAGAACCAGGUGCCACGUCCGGGCCAGUGCAUUGUGUUUGUGACAGGAAGUGACAUUACUGAGAUGGAGCAGAGGGAGAAACUCAUUCAUAUAGUAGUGAUAGUUCUAGCCAUGGUGCUGGCUGUUCCUUUAGGUAUGUAUGCCUGCACCACUGACACCAGGUUUGCCUGUGUGGAGAUCAUCAUGGAGUCCUGGAAGAACCGCCAGAGAGAAAGCAACCCGUCAGGGAUGGAGCAUGCACGGCAGGGCACCUUCGACAGUCUGCAGGCUGCCAGCGAUGAAGGUCUGGUCAAAAAAGAUUCCAGUGAAGACAAGAAGGCUGAAGAUGUUGUUGGAAAGAUGUGAAUGGUGACCGUUAUGUCAACUGUGUAAAUCAAGAAUUUGAACCAGUGUACACAAUGUGCAGAUGUUUGUUUUCUGUUAGAAUUGUAUCUCUGAUCUGUGGUCAUUUAAAUUUUGAUCGUCAUUUACUCUGAAUUGCUGCUUUGUCUUUGUCUUUGUCUUUGUCACCAUUUCCAUUGGGUGCUCAAACUGCUGAAACAUUCAGUUUUUUUUAAGAUAUUACUUACUUAUAUGCAGUAUUUUUGUGUUAAUGUAUAAGUCAUUGUUUUAUGUAUAUAUUGUUUUAUGUUGUUAUUGAUUCGGUGACCUCACUUUGAGCCGCCAAACCAACAUUUUGAAGUUUUUAGGUAAACUGUAUCUCGAACAGGAACUGUCCAGAUGGUGAUUCAAGUAAAUAAUCAUUACUGAUAUAAGUGCUAUACCACCGGUAAAAGCCCAUGUUGAAUAUUGUCACAUACAUAUCUUGACAGUUUAGCAUGUGCAUAGUCUACAGGGGCUGUUUCAUAAAAUGUUGUACCAACCACAAAUCAUACAACUUGUACAGAUGAUGUUUUAAUAUCCUGGAAGUGUGUCUGUAGAAACACAGUAAAUAAUCUUUUUAUUCAAAGUGUAAUUCUGAAUUCAAAUGUAUGUGUUUUGUGUUUGUUUUAUAUGUAUAUUAUCUCUCAUUGCCAUCAGACCCCUUAUAGAAAAGUGUUAAGAUGUUGUGUCCCUAUAGUUACCAACGUAUACAUUAUGAAAUGUUUGAAAUAAAGUUGAUUUAUUGAUAAAUCUAUCUAUCUAUCUAUCUAUCUAUCUAUCUAUCUAUCUAUCUAUCUAUCUA